ACCCCAAAUCAAAUUGAAGGGCUUUGCGGAGAAAAAGUAGAGAGAAGGAGGGAUUCAAAUUGAAUGGAAACCCAGAACCAGAACCAGAACCAGAACCAGAACGAGAAGCAGAAACAGAACAGUAAAAAGCGGAAGCAAGUUUUCCCAUACGGCAACUACAAGAGUUACUAUGGCUAUCGGAUUGGUCAAGACGUGGAUGAAGAUCCUCGAUUGAAAGUGCUGAGGAAGGAAUGGUUUGAAGGCAAGGAGUGUCUUGAUAUUGGCUGCAACAAUGGGAUAAUCACCAUACAGAUUGCACAGAAGUUUUGCUGCCAGAGCAUUCUUGGAGUUGACAUAGAUUCUGAUCGAGUUCAGGAUGCAUAUUGGAAUCUCAGAAAAACUGUUAGAUUGACAUCUACUGGGAAUAAACCUGUAAAAGCCUCCAAACUUCAGGACAAGGACCAUGCUGAUGAUUCCGGGAUCAAUAUUGAUACAAAGGAGAUUUCAAAGGAGCAUUCUUUUUCAGACCAAAUUGAUCUGUCAAAUGUAGUUUCAUUUAAACGAGAAAAUUUUGUUCAGGGUCGACACCCACCAGGAAAGCACUACGAUACAAUUCUUUGUUUAAGCGUAUCAAAGUGGAUACAUCUAAAUUGGGGGGAUGAUGGCUUAAUUACUUUAUUUGCAGAGGCCUGGAAACUGCUCCGACCAGGUGGCAUUUUUGUGCUGGAACCUCAACCAUGGAAGUCAUAUGAAAGCAAUCGUAAUGUCUCGGAGACCACUGCUGCUAACUAUCGUAAUAUCACGAUUCGUCCAGAACAGUUUCAGGAAAUAUUACUAGAUAAGAUCGGAUUUCGAACAGUAAAAGAUAUCACUUCAGGUUUGGCAGAGAGCAAGACUGGUUUCAAUAGACCAAUUUUGGUCUUUGGCAAAUAAUCCAUGCAAAUAGUCAGGUGCAGAGUCAAUGUCAUUUUAUAUAUUUUGAGAUCAAUAUUGGUUCUUAUAGUGUUGCAUGCAAUGCAGCUACUGUUCACGAUGCAUGGGUCAUCCUUGGUGAAUAGCAGCAGUUAAUUAGCAAAUUUUGAGUUGAGGGCGGUUGAAUGUAUAGAAUGAAAAUGAAAAUACAUAUUGUCUUUUGUGUAUUUUGCUAGGAGUAUCUCAGUUAGAUUCGCAAGUAGGGGAGUAGAUGGAUGUAGCAACAAACAUGUCUUGCUUGUUUACAGCUCGCAGAUACCACAACUUGAUACUCUCUAUGAACUUUAUUUAUGAAGAAAAAAUGUUAAUAUCCCAUUAUUGA